AUGAUGGCACGGUCAACCACGGCACGUGUAACAUCAUCACAUACCACCAGCUACCGGUGGUGCUACGUAGAGCAGGUAGACCAGGCCGCACCCCUCGCAAGCAGGAGCAACGGGUGGCGGAUUCGUAUCUCCUUCCCUUCAUCAGCGGGGUCAGGACACAAGCGGUUCAACUCGCACCCUCUCGGAGGAGAUCCCAACCUAGGGUGGUGGGCACGGACAGCUGGUUGUUCGGCGGCAGACGAAACAUGGCGAGUGAUCCUCUGCUGGGUAUCACUAGACAAGAGGAUCGAUGUCGACGCCCAGGGCAUCCCGUAUUCUCUCGUGGACCUCCAGGUCCGCUCUAGUUUGGACUCGCAUAGCCCACGUUUUAGACAAUUGAAUAUUGCGUCCUUCGGACACAGGAUAGUGAGGUAUGCCCCCAAGACCACGUGCGGCAAAAUGUGGCAAGAAAAAUGCCCCGGAUCCUGUCUCGCCGUCCUCAUCGCCGACGUGCGGCGCGACAGCAAAUCGAACUGCUACGGGAGAGGAGGAGAUUUGGAUUCCGCGAUGUGCGCCCUGCCGGGUGCGCCUGCGCAAAGCAAGAAUGCGCUGGAUGGUGGAAACUCCUUCCGGAACCUGUACUCGAUUCUACUGGAGCGCGAUAUUGGGGAAGUAGAGUUCGAUAGGUGGGUUAGACGGUACGCGAAACCACCCGCCCUGACGUUACGCCAUCUCGAAAAAUGGCUCAAAAUGACCAAGGCCCACGUCGUUGUGUGGUCACACAGGGUACCGGCGCCAACGUUCUCGGACCCUCUGGAGGCAAAACGAAACUCCGACCACCCACACUACACGUCGGGGUUCGGGAGGGACACGUGUAACGGCUGGAACUCGUGGGGGCCGUGGAUGGACAGGUUUGGAUCAUCUGUGGACGUUGCCAUCGAAAAUGGUAUUCGAACCCACCGUAGAUCCGUCGGAUUGCCGAGGCAGUCGAAGAGAAUGACGAAGCGGGCCGCAUGGGGUGCGGAAGAAAGACCUACUCGUGCAUCGCCCACGCUAGCUCAAGACGUGGCGACACGAUUGAUCGAGUUGCACAACGCACUGGGUCUAAAGUUCUACCGCGGAGUACUGAAUAUUCGAGUGUCGAGCCAGUACAGCCAGUCUCUUCUCGCCCUCCUAGAGGUAUGCUGGCGGGGACCUAUCGUCGGGGCAGAGGACGCGAGAGGGAGUUCCUACAGAAGGGAAGACUGGCGAUGUGACAUCAAUGGGGCACACACGGCGGCUCUAAUGAGCAUGGAGAUGGUGCCCGUUUUCGGCCAUAUGGACGAGGUGGAAGAGUUCGAUAGCCACAACAUCGAGGAUUGGACGCUAUUCGUCAUCAAGCUGGACAAACUCGAUGAGCCAGACGUAUUCCUUAACGCGGAUGUCACGCCCGUCUCCGGUCGAAACUACAAGCGUUACCUCGACCUCAUCGACACCGCGCCUCGCCAUAGAGUCACCCACUUCGUGCGGCUAUCGAGAACGGUCGACAGGUGUCACAUCCCCACCCUGGUGAGAGACCUGCUCGCGCACGAGCUGGGUGAUCCCCUCAUCGAGGAUGUCGACUGUGCACGCCGGUUCAAAAAAGGAAUAUUCAUGCGGGCCAGCGGCAUGUUGCAGCAGGGGUACGCGGACAGGAUAGAUGCCGUCAUGGUGACGAGCAAUGACGAGGCUUCCGCUCUGGGCGGAAAAAUCAUGCCUGUCCUAUGUGAAGUCAUUCGCGCCUCGGCCGAGCUUCGUACGGGACAAGGGGACCUUGGAAUCGAGUCACUUCGCACCGGUGAUGCGUACCUUUGUGUCGACGCAGAACGGACUUGGAAUAGAGAUGGCUUCUGGGCGUUAGGUGCGCUCAUUCUCGACGAUACUCCAUUGCGAGUGUUGGAGGAGAGAAACGCUCUCGAAUCAUGCGGCGCUUCCGACUUUAGCUACCAGUGUGACACAGUAUUCUUCAAGGGACCUUGCUCGGUUCGGGAGGAGAUGAGACUCCGCUCCAGCCAUUUAUUCAGCGGCAACGAAAAAACUCCCGGCACGCUUAAGUUCGAACCAGCCUUAAACAACACGCUAUGUGGUGAGAGACGGGUAUUCGAAGGCAUCGUGGUCAAGCAAUCGCUAGACGCGUUUCCUUUGGCAACGAGGCAAAUUCCCUGCCCACCGAAGACCCAUCUGCGGGUCAUUCCUCUGUGGGAUGGCGUCGGCGCCGUCUUCAAUUCGAUGGAAGAAGCUCACCACGCCUGGCGUCGUCUCGGGAAGAACAUAAAGCGCCAUAUGUGGCCGGAAAUAUGCGAGGCCGAGUCACCAUCAAAGCUAGAAAGUUUGUUCCGCGGCUUGUUGUCUCCACAAGGUUCAAGGCUCGUCUGUGCGGUGACCGGAGAACAUGGAGGGGCAGGGAAAAGCUACUGCACUAUCCGCGCUGCUACGGCCACGUUCGAAGGAGGACUAGUCUUGACCCCCACCAAUAGCCUGCGCACGUCCUACAUAAACCUGUCAUCCGGGUGGAGUGUAAACACCGCUGACCACCAGCUCGGAUUCUACCUGAGUGAUGAUUCUUUCGUUAGGAAGACGGCGGGAUCCAUACGGACGCUCAAGGUCGACGUAUUCAUCAUCGAAGAAGCUGCUUAUAUACCUCUCCGUACCUUAAGCAUGAUCCUGGCGGCUGCCCAUAGCAGCGGUACCCACGUAAUCGGGACAUACGACACGCACCAACUCCAGCCCGUUUGCUAUAGCAGCGGCAUGUCGAUUAGCAGGGACAAUGUCGACAGGAAGGUGGAAAUGGAUGACGGCCUCCUGCACAUUCUGGCCCCAGGCAACGACAGUCACGAGGCGCAGGCUCGAGUCAUAGAGAGAGCAUGUACUCGAUUCCACGUCUUUCGAGGUUUGCUGGGGUGCAACGAAGCAGGGGACUGGGAUGGGCUGGGGUGUCAGACCGUUGUCGGUGCGCAAUACCGGGACCUCGGGAACCCGGGCAAGGUUCACAAGAAUCACAUCUACAACGUCCUCCGAUCCUCGGCAGAUACCGUCGUCGUCGCGAGUGCAUUUGACGAUGGUGCUAGUCUUGAGGAAUUUUCACUCUGUCGAGCGGAGGCAGAAAACGUUGUUGAUCCUCUGGGGUCAUGCACAGCAGUACACGCAGUCCAAGUCCGUACCGUGGAAGGGAGGUUGAUCAUACAUAAGGCCCGGCACCGUCACGCUGACGUCCACUGGCUGUACACGGCUGUCAGUCGAGCGACCGGACCCUCGAACGUGAGGGGCAUCGACGAUAUUCACCGGAGCGAAAGCGACAUGUCCGAUCGACAGAGAGUAUCGUGGGUUUCUCGGAAGGUGUUAAGCUACAUCUAUGCCGACGUUGCGGCCGGGCGUCUUGGGCCGGACGAGGGUGUUUCGCUUAUGGAGGAAGGCAAGAGCAAGGUGACUCAAAUUGUCGCAAGACGGCCGGGCAUCUCAAAGCCUACUGAAAGACGUGAGUUUCAUUCGUCUUGCCCCUUCAUCGUUUGCUUUCGCCAGAUCGGAGCGCUUGUCAAGUCCAUCAUCGACUCAAGCGCUCGGUCUGAAUCGCUCUUGUUCUUGCACAUGUUUCGGGGGCUUUGCUAG